UUGAUCGAGAUAGGGCAACAUUGCCGUCAUCAGCAGAUAGUCAGAGCCGGACACAUCAAUAAUUGCGUGAAAGAAGGGGAAGGAUACCCUACUCUUUAAAGCAUAUUUUACAGUAUAUAUACAACUGCCUCCUGCUGCGAGCUGUAUUGCUAAACAGCCAGGAUGUUAGUGUUGCGAUCGGCUCUGAUCGCUUUACUUGCCAUUGGAGUAUAUUCACAAGGAGGAAUAAGAUGCUCAUUUCCAGUGGACCUUGCAAUAUUAAUGGAUUCUUCACAAUCAGUUGAAGAAGGCAAUUUUGAACUUAUGCGUCAAUUUGUAGUAAACAUUAUCCAACAACUUGAUAUAAGCCCCGAUAAAACAAGAGUUUCCCUUGCUCGUUACAAUGCUUGGGUCGAUUCUAGGUUCCAUUUUGUUACCCAUACUACCAAAGCUGACGUACUAUCAGCAGUCAGAGAAGUCCCUUACUACGGAAAAAAUACCAUGACUGCCAUGGGUAUUUCAGUGCUCGAAAAUCAACAUCUUCAGGCAUACAAUGGAUGGCGGGAAAAUGAUGUACCGACUGUCGGCAUCAUCAUCACAAAUGGAAAUUCCCAAGAUGCAGAUGGUAUUCUUGCCGCUGCAAGAAGACUCAGAUCUAAAUGCACAAGAGUCAUAGCCGUCGGUGUCGGUGAUGCCACGAUGGAAGAACUCCAGCAAAUUGCUACCCUUCCUUAUGAAGAUAACGUGAUAUAUGUCGAAUCAUUUGCUGGUCUUAUUGAUACCACUCUUCGUAUAGUGAACGCGAUCUGCGAAGUUAGAACUGACACCAAUGAGUGCAAAAUUGAUAACGGAGGAUGUGAAGGUUUCUGCAUAAACACAUACACUGCGUUCUAUUGCGAGUGUGCUACUGGCUAUACAGUUGGUGCUGAUGGACUCGCAUGCGUCGAUGUUAAUGAAUGUCUUGUUGACAACGGUGGAUGCAGCGACCUGUGUGAAAACACUCCAGGAUCUUUCAACUGCGCUUGUCCGCCAGGAAAAACCACAACGGAUAACAACAAAGCUUGCGUGGACGACAGUUGUUACUUGAACAGCGAGUGUCAACAAGAGUGCAAUAAUAUUGUCGGAGGAGAUUUUUACUGCUCAUGCUUCCCUGGUUACACUUUGGAAGAAGACGGUCAAAGCUGCGUCGACAUUGACGAAUGCUUAAUCGGAAAUGGCGGAUGCGAGUUUGCAUGCAACAAUACUGACGGUGGAUACGAGUGUCUGUGUGAUGACGGUUUUGGACUCAGAGAAGAUGGUAGAACAUGUGGCAUCCAGUGCUAUGUUUGCGAUCGAGCUCUCUCCAAUGAGGAAUGCAACCAAGUCCAAGUCUGCCCAGUUAAUUCGAGAUCUUGCCAAACCCAUGUUCGAAUUGAACAAGGACUCCGAUACAUCAGCAAGAUGUGUAAGCAAACAGAAGCUUGCGUAAAUAACUACAUUCAAAAUCCAAGAACGGCUUGGUCACCAACUCAGUGUAACAACGAUGAGUUUAAUACUGUGUCAGUGUGCCGAUGUUGCUGCCAUCGAUCAUUCUGUAACUCAGAAGCCGACUGUUCACGAGAUGACAUCAUUGACAUCAUGUGCGAAGAUCCAGCGUUGUUCGAAAUUCCUGAUGGUCUUGCGAUUGAUUGCGAAGGAAAUCGACUUGGACAAAAAUGUGCCCUCAACUGCCCCAUCGGAUUUCAGCCAUCUACCGGAAGCACUGAACUAGUCUGCACCCACAAGCCGCGUAGCGUCGAGGGAUACUGGCUCGGAGAAAUCGGACCUUGCGUUGAUAUUGAUGAAUGCGCAUUGAACAACGGUGGAUGCUCUCACUUCUGUACCAACAGUGAAGGAGGAUACGAAUGCAGUUGUCCGUCACCAUACAGUUGCGCUGAAGCUCCUUUGGAUGUCUUAUUCAUUCUUGACUCUUCCUCGUCGGUAAAAGAACCAAACUUCCAACUAGUACGUGAGUUUGUCGCACGUGUUGUCAACCCCCUCACUAUAGGACCAGAUGCAGUCAGAGUCGCCGCAAUGAGAUACAACCGAUUCAACAUUCCAGAAUUUACGUUUUCUGAAGUGCAGAACAACACAGACCUUGCCGAAAGAAUUUCAGCAAUCCCAUACGACGGACGUGGUACUCGCACCGCAUCCGCUAUUGAAUUUGCGAUUUCCGAAAUGAUCAUGAAUCCCGAUUCUGGACGCAGACUUGGAGUACCACUCGUCACGAUCAUCCUCACAGACGGGCGCUCAAAAGAUAGCGAAGCCCUUCCCAACGCAGCUAAGAGACUACAUGAAGUAUCAAACAGAGUGUUUGCUGUUGGUGUCACACCAAGAGUUAAUGAAGACGAACUUCUCACCAUCGCUGACGGAGAAACUACAAACUACAGGGCUGUCGAAACAUUUGCUGACCUCGACGAUGAUUUGGUCAACCUUGUUUCAGACAAACUUUGCACAGACGCCGAAGGAUUCCAUGAACUCCAGGACGAUCUCCUUAAUUGCGACAUUGACGAAUGCGCCAUCGCCAACGGUGGAUGCUCAAACUCUUGUAACAACACAAUCGGCUCCUACUUCUGUUCAUGUCCCCCAGGAGAUGCACUCGCCGAAGAUGGAAAAACAUGCGUGUUCGACGUCUGUGGAGUUGACAACGGAAACUGUGAAUUCCGAUGUGCUCUCUUCUUCAGUGGCCACAGAUGUAUGUGUCCUAACACCAGACAAUGGGUUAACAACGUUUGUGAAAAUUAUAACGAAUGCGACGACGAUAAUGGCGGAUGUUCAGAUAUUUGCGAAGAUCUUGACGAUGGAUACAGGUGCGCCUGCCCAGCUGGCAUGACACUCACCCAGGACGGACUCAACUGUGAAAUUGAUAGCUGUGCUGAACAGAAUUGGCCUUUUGUCUGUUCACAAAUUUGUCAAAACGUUCCAGGAGGUUCAUACCAGUGCAUGUGCCAGGAAGGUUAUUUGAUGGAAGAUGAUGGUCAUAAUUGUACAGAAAUCAACGAAUGUGAGUUUGGUAACGGUGGAUGUGAAGACGUUUGCGUCAACACAGAAGGUUCAUACAGAUGCGAAUGUCCACCUAACAUGGAACUCCGUCCCGAUGGCAAAACUUGUGGUAUUCAGUGUUAUGAAUGCGUCAACGUCCUGAAUCCAGAUCUCGAAUGUGAGCCCGUUGUUUGCCAGAAAUCUGCUGAUGCUUGCUUUACAACUCACAGAACGCGCGAUAACGUCACUACCACUACAAAGGGAUGCAAACAAACAAUGGCCUGUAUUAAUAACAUGAUUCAGAAUCCAGCUGCUUCGGGAGAAGGACCCUCUCAGUGCAAUAUCAAUGAUCAUAAUUCGAAAUGCGAAUGCUGCUGUAUGUACUCGCUCUGUAACGAAGAAGACUGUCCAUACAGCAACUUCACUCUACCAUCAUGCCCAAGCUUCGAAAAAGCUUUCGUUACUUUUACUGGACUCCAGACUGACGGUACCGUACUUGCUGGAGGAAUAGCUCGUGUUGAUUGCGGUCAAGGUUACGUAAUGGCAGGGACAGCCGUUUCCGACGACACUGUCGAAACCUCAGUAACAGUUACACAUAUUCAGUGCGCCUACAACUUUAUCAACGGAACCGCAGAAUGGGAUGGUGACUUCAGAGAUUUGGACAGUUGUGUUGAUAUUGACGAAUGUGACACUGACAACAACGGUGGAUGCCAAGCACCAGCUUUCUGCGUCAAUCUACCAGGAAGUUACGAAUGCAGAUGCCCAGAGGAGCCAGGAGAUUACGUUCUAGUUGAAGGAUUCAUUUGUGAAAGAGAUGAAUGCGCUGAUGCCGACCAAGGUGGAUGUUCCGACAAUUGUACAAACACCAUCGGUAGCUUCUAUUGCUCUUGUCCAUCAGGAAUGUCCAUCGUCGGAGAAGAAGGACUCGUAUGCGAUCCUGACGAAUGCAUGGAUGCCAACGGCGGAUGCCAUCAGCUCUGUGUUAACUUGCUUGGCUCAUACGAAUGCAGAUGUCACGCCGAAGGAUACAGAAUUGGAGACGACGGGCAAACUUGCGUUGACGUAAAUGAAUGUUUGGAAGAUAAUGGCGGCUGUGAGGCCAACUGCACCAAUCUCGACCCAGGAUACGAAUGUUCUUGCGGCGUGGGAUUCAUGCUUAUGCCAGACGGCUUCGGAUGUAGACCUGAUCCAUGUUACAUCGAUAAUGGUGGAUGUUUCCAAAUCUGCACCGUUUUGGAAGAAGGCCACAUCUGCGAAUGUAACCCUGGCUAUGAACUUCUGGAUGAUGGUACAUGCGUCGACAUUGAUGAAUGCGCCGAAGGUAUCGCAAACUGCCAAUAUAAUUGUACCAACUUUGAUGGAGGAUACACUUGCGAAUGCCCAGCUGGAGAGGCACUGAGAAACGAUGGGCGCACAUGUGGACGUGCCUGUUACGUUUGUAAUGGAGCUUCUACAAAUGAAGAAUGCAAUGUAGAUUUUGAAGUCUGUCCAAUGGAUGCAGAUGCUUGCGAAAACGAAGUCCGUAUGCACGGUGGACGUAAAGCUAUUUUUAAGAGAUGCAAACAAGCUCAUGCGUGUAACAACAAUCAUAUCCAGAACCCUCGCGACGCUUGGACACCUGACCAAUGCAAUGCAGGAGAUGCAAAUGAUGUAUGCAGAUGUUGUUGUACUGGACACCUUUGUAACUUCAACGAAAAACCAUGCAGAGUUACAUAUGAUUGUGGUCUUAAACAGGCUGACGUUAUUGUAUUGUUGGACUCCUCAAGCUCGGUUAAAUUCAAUGACUUCCAAAAAAUGAAGAGUUUCGCUCAGGAUAUAUUCUCCAGCUACGAUAUCGGCCAAGAUACAGUUAGAGCUGCCCUCGUUCGAUACAAUCGUGAAGUAGACCCUAGAUUCCAUUUGAAAGACUUUGAAACACUUGAUGGUGUACUUGAUGCUGUUGAUAACACAAUGCAUAGUGGUCGUGGUACGUUGACUGGUCAGGCACUUCAACAUGUCUUGGACAACGAAUUGACGGAAGAGAAUGGCGCCAGAGCUGAUGUACCUAAGAUUGUCAUUACUGUUACCGAUGGUAAAUCGAAGGAUGAUGUGAGCGGUCCAUCCCAAGCUCUCCGUGCUGCUGGUGUAAGAACAAUUGGUGUUGGAAUCGGUGCUAGAGUAGAUGUUUCUGAAUUGGAAAUGAUCGCUGGUUCUCCAGAAAGCGCAAUUUUUUCAGAGUCUUUUGAUGACGUUUUCGCCAAAAUGGAAGCACUCAGAUUUGAGAUCUGCAGAGAUACGGACGAAUGCUUAAACGCAAACGGUGGGUGUUCUGAUGGGUGUGUCAACACAGCAGGCUCAUACUACUGUACCUGCCCAGAAGGCCUAUUCUUACAAGCUGAUGCUCGAACAUGUGGAGCAGGUUUUGAAGGACAGGUCACAGGAGCAUUUGAUGAAUGUGCUAAUGACAAUGGUGGAUGCGACCACAUUUGCACCGACACUUUUGAAGGAUUUAAUUGUUCUUGCCGAGAGGGAUACGCGCUUCGUGACGAUUUGUCUAGCUGUUCAGAAAUCGACGAAUGUAAUAUUGAGGAAUUGAACCUCUGUUCUCAUUCUUGCAUCAACACACUCGGCGCAUAUUUCUGCGAAUGCCCAGAAGAUCACGAACUCGCUGAUGAUUUGGCUACGUGCAACCCAAGACCAGGACCUGCUGAUUGCCCUGUUGGAUUCCAAUCCAUAGCUGGAAGUUGCGUUCAAGUUUUAGAAGACAUGCUGAGUUACUCGCGCGCUGAAUCGACCUGUACAUCACUUGGAGCGAGACUCGCUACUGUUCGAGAUGAGGGCGUAUGGAAUCUCUACAAAAGGCUUUUUAGUAGUGUCGAAGGAGAUCUUUGGGUUGGUCUCAACGACAGAGACGAAGGUGGUACAUGGAGAAACUCGGAUGGAACCGACUUUGACUUCGGACAGAUCUGGGCACCAGAACAACCAAGUGUCGGAAAAUGUGGCGCCCUUGAACGGAAGAGCGAUUUCAGACUAGCAACACGUGCUUGUGCUGAGCAAUACAGAGCUAUUUGCGAAAUACCACGAGAGGGCGGAUUCAUCGUAUAUUCCCGAAGCUGGCCAAAUGGUGCACAAGGCAGUUUAUACUUCCCGUAUGGAGCUGAAGCAGUUCAAGUAGAGUUCCCAGGGGACGUUAAAUCUCUUAAUGUAUGGUUCGGUUCAGUAGCUGAAAGAAUGGGCAGAAAUACCUACAUUAUCACCCAAAAUCCAGUUCAAAGAGCAGGUGGUAAUGGAGAAGCACAAUUCGUUAUUGACAUGGGAAGAGUAAGAUACCCAGGUUACAAUGCGGUAGUAACACGAUACGUGGAGCCAAGUGUUGAAGGAGGGGUGGUAACCGGGGGAGUAGUUACAGGACCGAGUGGAGGAAUCGCAACAGGCACUGGUGGCAUUCGUACCGUAACUACCGUCACUGGAGGAACAGGCGGUGGUGGAUCUACGGGAAGUACUACCUUCACAAGUGGAGGAACGGGAGGUACUACCGUCAUAAGAGGAGGAACAGGCGGUGGUGGAUCUACGGGAAGUACUACCUUCACAAGUGGAGGAACGGGAGGUACUACUACCUUCACAAGUGGAGGAGCGGGAGGUACUACCUUCAUAAGAGGAGGAACAAGCGGUGGUGGAUCUACGGGAGGUACUACCUUCACAAGUGGAGGAACGGGAGGUACUACUACCUUCACAAGUGGAGGAACGGGAGGUACUACCUUCAUAAGAGGAGGAACAAGCGGUGGUGGAUCUACGGGAGGUACUACCUUCACAAGUGGAGGAGGGAGAGGUACUACUACCUUCACAAGUGGAGGAACGGGAGGUACUACCUUCAGAAGUGGAGGAACAGGCGGUGGUAGAUUUACGGAAACCUUUACCACCGGUAAUGGAGGAGGAACAGGAGGUUUUUCCUUCACUGGAGGAGCAGGUAAUGGUGGAGGAUCAAGUUUUAGUACUGGUGAAUUCGUCUCCAGCGGUGGAUCCACCGGUGGAUUUAGAACCGGUGAGUUUACCAGCGGAUCUUCAGGAGUCACUCGUACUUUCUCCAGUAGUAGCGGCGGCAUGGGCGGCAGUAGCGGCGGCAUGAGCGGCACUAGCGGCGGCAUGACCCAUGGUACAACCGGUUAAGCAAAUAUCACUUUAAAUAGGACAAUAUUUUCUGUUAACAAUAUGUCAAGGAUCGUGGGAUCUGUAUAGUGCAUAAUGUGGUGCCAUGUAUUGCAUAUUGUUUGUAAUUUUAUUAUAGUUUAUCCACAAUUCAGAAAUUUAUACUUCAUUCGUUUCGUUAUAACGCAAGUUCGUUUUUUUGCUUAGCCGUUACACAAAAAAAACAAUGAUCUGCACGAGACUCUUUUAUGGCCAUUUGGAAUAAAGAAUAAAUUUGGAUUACAAAAAUGUGUUUUUGAUUAGAAAUCAUUUUUUUUACGUAGAACGUUGAUGUCAAAAGUUAAAAUACAAGAAAAAUAUUUUAUUUCAUUGUAAUGUAUUUGUACGUAUAUAUAUAUACUUGGUAUCGAUGAGACCCAUUUAACAAGUGUUACAGUUAUUUGAAAUUGAUUCAUUCGCACUAGUCAGUUUGCAGCAGCAAUUUGAAUAAAGGAUUCUAUAACUGAA